ACUACGCGGGCGAAAACAGUUCGUAAAUUUGCUCCUUUAUUUUUUGUUAACGUUUUGCUUGGUUAAACUGCCGCGAGCAUGUCCUCGUUUGUGACAGAAGUGCUCGCCAGUUCUGGCAAGCUGGAAAAGGAGGACUUGAUGACAAAAAUCUCCAAACUAACGCGGAAAUCCGAUGACAUAAAGGCUGAGGCGACGUACAUGAUCAAGAGGGAGUAUGACAACUUUCUACCCAGCUACGACCUCGCCGAGAGGCUGGGGAGAGAAGUGGAGGGCAUGUACAAGGAAAUCGAUGAUCUGAAAGACGUCAUUGAGAAUGAGGUGCAGCAAGAUCUCAACAAGUCAGUAACCGAGUUCACCAGGCUUGGAGCUCAGCUCGGCAGGACUAAAGUGGUCCUCAGCUUGUGCCAGCACCUGGUGGAGUUUGACAAUGCACUGAAAGACUUCCAGAAGGCCAUGCGACAGAAGGAAUACGUGGUCGCUGCAGAACAACACGGCAAGGCUCAGGAUGCGGUGGCUAAGGUUAAGAAGAGCUGCAAUGCGGAGGUGCCCCUGCUGAGUGUGCUGAUGUCAGAGCUCACCAUCCAGAAGGAGACCCUGCUCUAUCACCUGGGGGACGAGUGGACCAAGAUGGUCACGUGGACACUGCCGCCCAAUACUAAAGAGCUGAACUCGACCGAUGUCUUCCUGGGGGUGAAGCUGCACCUGAGCAGAGAGGGGAAGGCCUACGAGCCCGACCUGCCCAAGGUGCUGCAGGCCCUGGCCGUCCGCGGAGACCUCCAACGCAAGGUCAAGCAGUUUGCCCAGCUGCUGAUGAAGUACGUGCUGCGACCGCUGAUCGUGCACCCGUCGCUGGUGGUGGAGGUGAGCGAGCAGCAGAGCUCCAGCGGGGCCGAGUUCACCGCCGUGGGCUUCGCAAGCCGGGAGAGCAGCGCCGAACAUCGCCAGCCCCCUGAGCUCUACCGACAGAUACUCAUCGUGCUCAAGGCCCUGGCAGAGCACCCCUUCAACGCCGUAGUGGGAGAGCAAUCUGUGUGUGGGAUGCUGGGCGGCCUGAUUUGGGAGGAGUUGUCGGAAAACAUCAUCCAGGACUGCCUGGUGCACUCCAUACCCGCCCGGAGCAACGAGCUGGACCAGUACGCUGAGGUGAUCUCUGAGACCAAGAGUCUGGAGAGCUGCCUGCGUGAGCUGGGCUACCUGCAGGAGGAGGCCACGGAGCUGUUGAAGUACGCCCAGAACUACAACCGCCACUUCAUCAGCCGCAAGUGCCAGGACGUCAUCGUGGAAGCCCGCCGACUCAUGACCUCCGACAUACACAACACCGUCAAGAUCUCCCCCAGCUACAAGCUGUCCCUGCCCCCGCUGCCGCGCUCCUCUGCAGGGGGCGACAAGAAGAAGAACCGUGGCGCCGUGGUCGUGAAGUCCGAGUCUCCUGGGUCUGGGCCCUGCGGUGGGCCCGGCCUCCCUCUAGCUCUGGAGGCACCUGGUGGCCAACAGCAGGGUGUUCAGCAGCAGCUGGAAGGCCGCACCAUGACCCUGCCCGCCUGCCAGAUCAGCCGGCCCGCACAGCAGAUCCUGGAGCUGGCCGUCAACACACUGGCCGAGGCCUCCGACAGGUCUAAUACCAGUGCCAUCCAGAUCCUGUACGCGGUGAGGAACAUCUUCCAGUUGUUUUGCAACGUUGUACCGACAUACCAUGAGGAGAGUCUAUUGAAGCUUCCCCAGCUGGCUGCCAUCCACCAUAACGACUGCAUGUUCCUGGCCCACCACCUCAUCACGCUGGGACACCACUUCGGACCCGCCUUCACCACAGACUACACCGUCUGCUCCUUCGUAGACCUCGUGCCCAGCCUCAGGAGACAAGGUACUCGCUGCUUCAUAAGCCAGAUGAGUGUGCUGAAAGGGGAGAUCCUGGAGAGUCUGUCCACUGCCAGAGACUUCUCCAACCUGGAGGACGCGGCCAACGCAGAGACCGCCAACAAGGCAGUACGACAGGUGGUUCUGCAGCUGAAGCGUGUGGGCCGCGUGUGGCAGGAGGUUCUACCCAUCAACAUCUACUGCAAAGCCAUGGGCACCCUGCUGAACACAGCUGUCAGCGAACUCAUCACCAGGAUACUGGCACUGGAGGACAUCUCCUCGGAGGAGGCCAACUCUCUGCACGGUCUGCUGGAGCAUGUGCUGGUGGAGGGCCCCCAGAUCUUCACGCCGGUGUUGGACGAGAAGGAGAACAGGAGGCACCAGGAGGAGGUGACCGUGCAUGUGGCCCGCUGGAUGGCCUUCAAGGAGCUCGCCAUGCUGCUGCUGGCCAACCUCAACGACAUCCUCAACAGGUGGGCAGAAGGUAAGGGUCCCUUGGCGCUGGCCUUCACCUACAACGAGGUCAAGGGCCUGAUCCGGGCCCUCUUCCAGAACACGGACCGCCGAGCGGCCGCCCUGGCUCAGAUCGGACCCAGCUUUUGAGCUUGAAGUUCAUAAUUCUUUUUCUUUUUCAUUGGGAGGAGAGGAUGACUAUUGAGAAAUACAGACUCUGGCACAAAGGAAAGAGGAGCAGCAUUAUUGUUCCUCCUUGAUGUGUUCCACAGGCUCAGAACAUUGCCUUUGGAUGACGCCUGACAUCAAGUGUUGGAGCAAGAAGAUGAUUCCUUUGGAUGCUACAGUAUAUUGUCAUGGAUGCUUCAUGAUUCUGAUAGUGUGUCAAUACAACAGCUGUUUCCCGUGUAGUAUUUCCUUUGAAAUGCGAAAAUAUUGACAGACACAUGACUUCAACAGUUGGUGCAAGGAUGUUCUGGAUGGAUCAUUAGCCUAAUGCUCUGUGAUCAGGCAGGGAUGAGCAUUUCGGAGGCUGUUUAAGUACUGUACAUCCUUUAGGGUUUCUCAUGUGCCCUUUAAUGACCUUCAGCUUGCUCUCGACCUCCUGAGAGGCUAAUGGACGAAUUCUGCAAACACUAAAACAUUUUAGCUCACCGUGAAAUUUGUGAGGAGUCCUGCUUAUAUUGUGUUCAACCAAAGCAGUCAAGCUGUACCUCACAUUUAAUACAGUGCUGUUAAAGCAGUGCUGCAUUGACAAGUGCUGUACCAUUUUCUUUGUUAAUGUUUAUUAAAUAUUGUUAUUUUACUAUUUGUGUUAUUAAAGCUGCACUUACCAAAUUGUUUGGAACUGAUUAACCUUGAAAUCUGGUCCAAACUCAACUA